AUGAAGGUGUGUUUAAUAGCAGGCCUAGGGCUGAGCUGAGCACAUGGGGGAGGAGGGGAGAGAGGGAGGAGGGAGACUCAGUGUGCUAUAAAGACCCUCUCUCCUUUAAGUCUCCAUACAGUUAAACACGUUACACAGGUGGCUUAUUAAACACACUGUAUCUGAGGUACCAGGCACUGGGCUGGGUUGGACUGGGCUGAGUUGGGUUGGACUGGGCUGAGUUGGGUUGGACUGGGGUGGACUGGAUUGGAUUGGGGUGGGGUGGACUGGACUAGGGUGGGGUGGACUGGACUGGGGUGUGGUGGGCUGGAUUAGGGUGGGCUGGACUUGGCUGGAAUGGACUGGAUUGGGGUGGACUUGGUGGGUUGGACUGGAUUGGAUUGGGGUGGGGUGAACUGGACUGGACUGGGGUGGACUGGACUGGACUGGGGUGUGGUGGGCUGGAUUAGGGUGGGCUGGACUGGGCUGGAAUGGACUGGAUUGGGGUGGACUUGGUGGGUUGGACUGGAUUGGGGUGGACUGGACUGGACUGUGAUUAACACCCUGUCUCCAUGUUACUAACACAGCACAGCACUAUCACCAUCCAGAGUUAUGUUGUCAUGCUAAAAUGGGAUUUUCCUUGAGUAACCUGUGGAACGCUGGUCUGUUUUUUGCAGCAUUAUGACACCAAGUCUCCCAUGGGGUGUCCUGACUUUGCCAUCGAUGGCGAUGAAGAGGACAGUGCCAACAAGUAAGCUCUGAUUUAGAAUAUGACGAUGCCAAUAGAGACUCCCAGUAUAGUUUGAAUAUGAAUGAUCUGUGACAUGUAUCUAUUUGUUUGCACAUCCUCCUUCUCCUCCUCACACCAAUGCUGCCCUCAAGUGGUUUAGUCCUAAAGUAGACGUAUUGCAUUGUGAUCAUAGCCUCUUGGACCGAUCAUUAUUCAUGAAAUUAUCAUUGAUCAGCUGAAGUAUUUGCUGGCUUAUUUAUUUAUUUAUAUACAGGAUUUAUUUGUGUAUUUUCUGAAUUUCAUGUAUUCAUUGAUUUGCGGAUUCAUUUGCUGAAUUGAAUUUUCUGAUUUGAUUUCCUGAUUUAUUUUUGCUAAUUUAAUUUGCUUGCUUUGAGGAUCUCGUCUGAGGACAGUGGGGAGGUGGCGUCCUACACCGAGGACAGCGACGACUCCUAUUCGCUGGAGCUGGAGACAGACUCCGCCCACACGGGCCAGAUGAACCUAUUGGAGGAGAUCCUGGACACUCUGAGCACCACCAGCACAGAGCGCGGCAAACUCAGCGCUGCCAAGAGCCUGGACUUCUUCAGAUCCAUGGACGACAUCAACGACAACGCACCGGUAAGAGAAAUAUCUGUAACAUCUAAACCACACUAAUCUAACCCCAGAUACAUACAGUAGAUAGAUAGAGCCUGGACUAUGAAUGUCUAUGAAUAUGGACAAUAUUGACUAUGAGGCACCGAUAAGAGAGAACCUCUAUAUGUAUAAACCACUCUCUGUGUGUAUCUGUGUCUGUGUUCUAGAACACGUCCAACCCCCCCAGUGAGAGCAACCUGCCCCAGCUGUGUACUACUGGCAGCGGGGUGGGGGGUGGGGGAGGAGGAGGAGAACAGCGAGGGGGCUGGCAGGACGACGGGGCCCUCCACAGGAAACACCUGCCCCCCUCCCCACGUAGACAGCCCAGCAAGAGCAGCCUCAAGAGGCCGAAGCAAAUCCCCUCAACAGCCUCUCCACCCGCCCUAGCUCCAGCCCCAGCCCCAGCCCCAGCCCCAGCCCAGGACAACCAGGUCCCCAAUCUCCAGCCCAAGACCCAGGCCCCUCAGACCAAGGCCCAGCACAAAAUCCAACCUAAUCCCCAGGCCCUUUAUGCCAAGCCCCAGAUGUGUCUGUCUCAGCUCCGUCCAGAGGAGCCUUCACUCCCCACACCUCCAUCACCAUCCCUGGGAGACCACUACAUCUCAUCCAACCGCUCUCCAGCAACAACUCGUGCCUCCACAUGCAAUCCUCCACUGGCAACACACACCCCUCCACACUCCCCACCGCUAACUCACACUAGAGCGUCGCCAAACCCCCAGCCGCUCAGCCCUGAGUCCAAACCCCAGACUACCUCCAGCAUCCUGCGGAGGAAGGUGCUGUCCAAGGAGACGAUGAGGCAGUACCAGGACAAGGCCCUCCAGAAGCAGGGCAGCAAGGACCGAGAUAGCCUGGGGGUGAAUGUGAAGGCCAGGCAACCCUCUGUGCUGGUCCCCUGGGAGAGAGAGAGCCCCGAGGAGAAGGGUCAGGGAGAGGACCUGGAGCUUGGGAAGGAACAGGGCAGGGUCUCGGGGGAAGAGGUCCAGGAGAAAGGACUUCUGGAGGAGAUAGAUUCCAUGUGUCAUCUCAGCUCAGACUUUCAGACCAGCCUACAACUGUCCCAGGUCCACUGCAACACCAACAACACCCAUGAUAAUACCCAUGCCAACAACCACAGCAAAGCCACAGACAACUCCUGAGACAAAAACAGGGACAAGGGACAGGGGUGGUUGAGGUAGAAAUUGCCUCUAACCACAGAUCUAGAAUCAGACUGCCCUCCUCAAAUCUUAACCUUAACCACUGAGGGAAAAAUGCAAAAACGGACCUUGGACUAGUGUCUAGGAGAAACGGCAUCCUACUGGAAAGAACAGGAAGUCACAGUGACACUGCCAGGCAACAGGAAAUGAUGUGUGUGUUCGCCCUGAUCCGAUUCCAUCGUGUCUUGUGUGACUCUUUGACUUACGCUUGAUCUUUUCCUCUUCCUGCCAAGUUUAGGGGUUAGAGUUGAAGACUGGUCAUCUUGGUUCUCUUUCUUGUAACAUGCUACGGAAUUAAAACAAACCGUCUUCUAAAUUAAACAGACUUCCCAUGGAAACAAAGGGAAAUCUGUCGUGGAUUUGCACUCGCGUGAAAGGGUACUUAUUACUCACUUAAAUGGUACUAAAAUAUCAGUGUGUUUUAAUUAACAGAGAACACAUUUAGUUUUCCUGAGAUCUGAAAGUAUUGUAAAGACACAAAGUAACCCCCCCCCCCCCCCCCCCCCCCCGACCUAAGUAACUGUUCCGCUGUAUAGUUUCCUAACACAAUGCCUUAAACGGAGCUGUGAUUUGCUUUUGGCACAGCUCAGUUUUAAAAUGUAUAAUAUGUAGCUGUUACUCUGGAAACGUUUGAUCUGCUUAGAUCCACUAUCACAUGUCAUGAAUGUGGAAAAUGGACAGCUUUCUCACUGCGCGUACAGACAGUAAAGAUAGUUUAAUAUAUGUUGCUCCGUUUAGUUUGAUUUCAGAAGUUUCUAUUUAGAGAUGUAUUUUUCUCAAGUGUUUGUUUCUCAGGAUGCUCCUGUUUGUUAGGACAUCAAGGAGAAGAGGAGUUGUGUAAACAGAUGAUAGGAAUGAAUAGACAAUCCACUCUCUCUCUGGCGCUCUCUGUCUGUUUUGCUCUCUCCAUCUCUCUUUCGCUCUCCAACACUCUCUUUUUCCAUCUCUCCACUCCUUCGCGCUCGUGCACACUCUCCUUUCUUCACCCUUCCUUACUCACCAUCUUACAACAUCUCUCUCCAUCCUACCCUCACAUGCUCUCCUCCUCGCUUCCCUCUUUCUCACGGUUUUUGGUGCUGACAGUUAAAAUGGAGGCCAGUAGAGUUGAGUUCUUUAGAAGGAGUGGGAUUUCACAAACUGAAAUCGCUGCUAUGUGCGCACACCAAAUGAAACGCGAGCUUUCCCAUAUACUCUGAGGUGACGCUUUCACACUGUGUUUUACCGGAAGGCUUUAGAUGAUUGUAGAAGGAUAAAAAAAAAGAAGCAAUACGGCUCUCCUCGGAGAGUAUGGACAGACGUCUGAAGUGAUUUUAAAACAAUCUCCCAUUGAGAGAAUGCAAGCCCUUUGGGUAAUGUCCAGAGAUGGUGGCCACUCACUAUCGUACCACUAUAGUACAUACAGACAGGAUAAAGUAUUUUCCAGGGCUUGUUUGUGGUGAUGUUAUUGUUGAUGAUGAGUUUAGCCAGUUUGCUGUAGUGCCGUUGGGUGUGA